UGGGGAUCAGAAGAAGCUUAGGAUCAAAAUUAAUGCGAAGAAGUUUAUGAACGAAUUAAUUAAAGAGAAUAAUAAAGUCCCGUUUAGACAAAUUUUGGAACAAGAGAGGCAGAAAAUGACACAGUUGGAGCGAAAUUUGAAGAAAAAUGAUAGGAAAAGUUCUAAUAGUGGGAUUAAGCAUCAUCUGAAAGGGCUGAAACAAAUCACUGGACAUAAUAAUAGUCUGUCUAUGCGUAGGAACGAGGGAAUUGAAAGGGAAAAUAGCUUUAAUCAGACUCAAAGAAGGAAAAAGAGGGACCUUAGCAAUCCUAGAAAUGGACCUGGCACUUUUGAUUCUAUCAUGAGCGAAGAUGAUUUGAUACUUGAUAUCAAAUUAAAAACAAAUAUGAAAGAAUCUAAAAUGCAGAGAGUUAAAAAUAUAAAUCCUCUCAAAAAAUUGGGAGAAGAGAAAACUCAUGAUUGUAGAAAAUUUAAUAAUGAAAGUCCUAAAAUUAAAGCAAAGAAUUCAUCUUCUUUGUCAAAAAAUAAAUCCACAAGUAAUUCCAUUCUUAGAGGCAUUCAAAAAUCUCCAAAACCCAACCAUCCAAGUGUAAAAUUUGAUUCUAAACCUAAAUUUCUGACCCAAAACAUCCAAAACACUCAUUCUCGUCCCAAAAAGUCCCCCAUGCUUCCUCCUAACAUUCUCCCCAAAAAUCUCAAAGCCAAUUCCCAAAAUCCCAGCUCCAAAUCCCCAAAAAUAACGCCUAAGAAAUCUCCACUUCGAAAAUUAAUUCCUCCCAAAAUUGAGCCCAAGGGUGCUGCUUUAAACGCUAAAUUUCUUAACAAAAAGAAUUCUCACAGUAGGGAAAAGAUUAAAUUUUCUAAAAAUCGUUCUGUUAGCUCGCAUAAAAACCUGACUUCUGUGGAAAGACUCCAGAAGUAUAAGAGGUUGUGGGCUCCUGAGAAAUCUCAGCGCAGCGAAAGCCAUCUCAAACGUUGCGAAGCCUGAAGGCUUCGCAAAAAGGAGAUGGAUGAGCAGGAGAAGAAGAGGUCUCAGGAGACACAUAUUGAUUUUACAAAUGUUGGACUACAAGCUAUGGAAGAGAAGAAAGAAGACUCUGUUCAAGAUGAUAUAGAGUUGAGUAGGAAGUCGAUUCUCACUACCUUACGGAAGAAGUUUAAGCAUGAGUGUCGAUGAAUUGAUGAUUUUCAAGGAUCUCCAAGGCAUUCUGGAAUCUUCCCGAUUCCAAAGGAGUUGAAAGAAGUUGAAAAGGCAAAGAUAUGCUUCAGACCUAUUUUAACUAAGAGAGCUAAACAUAUUAAAAACUCUAAUUCAAAGGAUUUAUGCAAAACAGAAAAUUAUCAUUCUGAAGAAGGAGAGAAAUCACCAAAAUCUGAACAAGAAGUUGAAGACUCUCCUAAACUAAAAUAUAUUAAGCAAAAGUUCCCGAUUCUUCAAAAGACAAGCCUAAGGUCCAGCUUGAAAAAUACCCUGAUUAGUAAAUGGGAAGAGAUGGCCAAGCAAGAUGAGGAGAAGCUGAGAAGCAGUAAUUUCUAGGCAAUGACUCUAAUUAAAUCACC